CGACCAUAUACCAGCGGUCUUCGGAAAUGCCGCUAAAAUACUAGAUUGCAGCUGUCUUGGUGACGAUUUGAGAUAGGGCUGCUAAAUCAAACAAUUUGGCUGUGGUUCAAGGGCAAAAUGCCGCACACACAAAAUCUCUAAUCUCCAAUUGGAAUUAAAAAGGAAACCGCUCCCUCAGUGAUUCAAGAAAAAGUGAAAGACACAAAACCUCCACAUUCGCGGUUUCUGUCCCUGUCCCUGUCCCUUUCACGACUGCGGGUGUGGUCGUGGCAGUCGGAGUCAGCGGAGGGUUUGGAAUCGGCUACGGAAUCGGAGGAAGGUCGAUUACGAGAAAGGAUCUGCUCUUGGCGGUGCUUCUAUUUGGCGAUUUCCUCCUGGCGACGCUUCUAUUUAGCGAUUUCCUCCCAGCGGCGCUGGAGUGCUAAUUGCUCGCGAUGGGUUUUGGUAAGGAAGACAGGCUUGGAUGGUGCGGCGGAGUUGGUGGCGACGGCGGGGGGUAAGGUGACGUCAUCGAUUGAGGGUUUCAUGGCAGUUGGCUAUGCUCCUAUGAAGUAACAGAAAAAGAGGAAAAGGGAUCGCUUGGUUAAUUGCAGGUGGGGACAAGAGAACACACCACAAGAUAAGAGUAGCUCAACACCAAGGAUCAAAGCAAACAAUUUGGCUGUGAACUUUUCUUUAAAUUACCUGCUCACCAGGAGAUUGUGAAGAAACUAGUCAGUUUGAUUGAGAAUUAUAUCUGUCAUGGAGGUUGGAACAAUAUCAGCAAAUGGGGAGAGAGAAAUUGGUGAGCUAAUUGCAAAAGCUAUGAAGAAAGUUGACAAAGAGUGUGUAAUCACAAUUUCAUUGAGAAACUUAGUAUGGGCUACUUCAAAACACGAUGUCUACCUUAUCUCCAAUUACUUGGUCAUGCAUUGGUCAUCAUUAAGUGGCAAUUUGUCGGAGAUAAUAAAUUUUGCUGGACACGUAGCCCCAAGUAAGGAUUUUGGAGAGGCAAAGGAUCUAGCUUCAGAACUCCUUACAUUGCAAUAAUUGAUGCUUUACUAAAAUGUGGCUCAGUUAAGGAUAUGUUGUUAUUUUACUAAAAAUUUCUUACUUUUCUUGUUUAAUAGAGAACUAGGAUAAUUUUAGGAAGACUUGAAAACAUAAAUUGAUGUUAUUUUGAAUUAGUAUU